AUGCAGCUUUUGUUACUGGUAGUUUUGUUGGUUGGUGCCUGCCCGGCGCAGGCAAAGGCUGUAUUUGCCCACUUUAUGGCCAACUGGGAGCAAGACAUCUCGGCGGCUAAGGAGGCACACAUCGAUGCUUUUGCGAUCAACACAGGGUUUGGCCUAUCAAUUCAUCGAAUGCUGACCGAUGCAUUCGCAGCUGCGGAUGAACUGGACUUCAAGCUAUUUCUGUCCUUGGACUACUCAGGAGAUGGACACUGGCCGCAGGACCAAGUAAUAGACUACCUCAAGGACUUCACAAAGCUACCAGCCUACUUCAAAACUGAUGACGACAAACCCCUUGUCUCCACUUUCGAAGGGGACCAAGCUGUUGGCGAUUGGAAGAACAUCAAGGAUAAGGUAGACUGCUUCUUUAUCCCGGAAUGGUCCGCGCUACGUCCGGAAAAAGCAAUCUCCUACGAGCAAGUCGACGGUCUGAUGAGCUGGACGGCCUGGCCAAAUGGCACCGACCCAAUGACCACCGAGACCGACAAAGAGUAUCUGGACGCUCUCAACGGGAAACCGUACAUCAUGCCUGUCUCGCCAUGGUUCUACACCAAUCUGGUUAGGUACCAUAAGAAUUGGGUGUGGCAGGGCGAUGACCUCUGGUACACCCGCUGGCAGCAGGUUCUCGAGCUCGAACCAGAGUAUGUUGAAAUUCUCACCUGGAAUGAUUAUGGCGAGUCGCACUACAUUGGCCCGAUCCACCAGAGUGGCCUUGCAGUCUUCGACUACGGACAGGCACCGUUCGACUAUGCCAAGGACAUGCCCCAUGACGGGUGGCGGAGCUUCCUGCCAUACGUUAUCGACCUCUACAAGAAUGGAGGCAAGGAUGCUGACAUCAAAGAUGAGGGCCUUGUCAGUUGGUACCGAGUUAAUCCCGCGUCCGCGUGUUCCUCGGGCAAGACCACAGGAAACACAGAGACCCAGGCGCAGCAGACACUGGAACCCCAGGAGGUGCUCCAGGAUAAGGUUUUCUUUUCCGCGCUGCUGGAGUCUUCUGCGGACAUCUCUGUCACUAUCGACGGGAAAGCUCGGGCCGCGAGCUGGGUAGAUACGCCGGAUGGAGGGAAGGGGAUUUACCACGGCAGCAUCCCCAUCGACAACCAGACCGGGGCUGUUGUCGUGACCCUCACUCGUGAUAAUGAGCUGCUAGCCGAGAUCGACGGCCAUCCCAUCACGUCAGACUGCGUUAAAAAUAUGACCAACUGGAACGCAUGGGUCGGAAAUGCCACGUCGACGGGUCCUAAACCUUCUUCGCCGUCGGGGUCAUCAGAGCAGGACUCCUCGUCUAAUCGACUGGUUUCGUCAGGGAUCCUCCCGGUUGCUGUGAUGUGGACUCUUUUCUUUGCUCUGAUAUAA